GGCGAGAGGAAGAGAAGAGGGAGGGAGUUUCAUGAACAAUCUAUUUGUGUUGUUGUUGGAAUACUGAGCUGAGAGUGGUGGAGUCAGGAUAUCAUAUCAUGUGCACUCUCUCACUGCCAUGCCUCUCUUAUUCUCUUCACACUCACACUUACCAGUCUGGACGCUUCUCUCCCCCUUGUUCUUUUAUCUUCACACCUCAUAGACGCUCUCACAGUCACUUCCUGACUCCAUGCUCCUCCCUCAGACAGAGAGAAAGAGAGAGCAAAAAGCAACUAGGCAAGAUCAACACUGCCCCGUCUGAGUCUGGCUUGAAGCGCUUGUUUAGUCCCAAUAACAACAAGACCGAAGUCGAAGGUGACGCCGACGCCGACGCCGACGCCGACGCUGACCUCGACUUCCAGGAUGGAACCGCCUUGAAGGGCACCCUCUUGGCCGGUCUCUUGCUCCUCGGUGUUGUUGGCGGUUUUGCCUCCGUUGGCUAUAUCUACAAGGACCAAGUCAAUUCCUUCUUGAACCACCUCUCCGUCUUCAUUGAAGGUUAUGGUCCUGCUGGAUAUGCAUUAUUCGUUGCCGUUUAUGCUGGAUUGGAGAUCCUUGCAAUUCCUGCCAUUCCUUUAACCAUGUCAGCUGGACUUCUAUUUGGAUCUGUUGUCGGCACUAUCAUAGUCUCUAUCAGCGGAACAGUGGCAGCCAGUGUUGCUUUUCUAAUUGCAAGAUAUUUUGCUCGUGAGCGAAUUGUAAAACUAGUGGAAGGAAAUAAGAAGUUUGUUGCUAUUGACAAAGCAAUUGGAGAAAAUGGGUUCAGGGUUGUGACCCUGCUUCGUUUGAGCCCUCUGCUGCCAUUUUCUUUGGGGAAUUAUUUAUAUGGAUUAACAUCUGUUAAGUUUAUUCCAUAUGUAUUGGGAAGUUGGUUGGGGAUGCUUCCAGGAACAUGGGCUUAUGUCAGUGCUGGUGCUUUUGGAAGAGCAAUAAUUCAAGAUGAAUCUGAACUUAGUAAUAUAUUUGGAGGAAACAGUCAGUUGCUAACACUGGGGCUGGGACUGUUGGCCACUGCAUUAGCUGCUGCAUAUGUCACACGACUUGCAAAGGAUGCUAUAAAGGACAUUGAAUAGAUCCGCUAGACAGUAGACACAACCCAGCAUUUGGGAAUGAAGACAAACAAAUCCACAUGAAUAGAUUGGGAAACGAAUAAACCAUCAAUUCGGUCUUUUAAGUAUUACUCUUUCUCUAAAGUCUUUGAAGUAAUGAAAUUAUAUAAGUAGUCCCUAAGGUAUUUUGAAUGUUCAUCAAUUUAAUCCCUACUUUGAUAUUUUUUACUAACUUCCAGGAACUAGUUUGAAGGAUUGUUCGAUGCUUGAAAGACUAUUUAGCAUGAUUUUUAAUACUCGAGGGAUUACUUAUAUAAUUUGUUUACUUUAAGGACGAUUUAGAAGAGAAAGUAAUAUUUUAAGGAGGAAAUUAAUGGUUUGUUCAUUGGAAACUGAUGUCUUCGUAAAUAAACAUCAAUUAUGAUAGAUGAAAGAGAACUAAGGAAACAGAUAGACCCAGCAUGUCCCUUGUAAAUUACAGUAUUCUUAUUGAACUCAGGUAGGAUCAUUUUGUUUCUUUUGCAAUGCCCCCUUCUUACAUAAUUAUUACAUUGCACGAACAGUUUACCUGCGUCAUUUAUAAAAUUACGACGCAUUAAUUUCUUAACGGACA